GCGCGAGGCCCCCGUUGCCCAGCGCGGGCGCCGGGGGGCGGAGUUCGGCGCCGAGGGAGACCGGGUGGCUGUGGCUCUGCCUCCGCGAGGUGGGGGCCGUCCCGGGCUCAGCCAGGCGGCCGCGAUCUCCGCGGGACACCCUCCGCCGCGGCCCGAGGCGGCGACAUGAGCGCCGCGGGGCUGCUGGCCCCGGCGCCCGCCCCAGCUGCAGCGCCGCCCGCCCCGGAGUACUAUCCGGAGGACGACGAGGAGCUGGAGAGCGCCGAGGACGACGAGCGCAGCUGCCGGGGCCGAGAGUCCGACGAAGACACUGAGGAUGCCAGUGAGACCGACCUGGCGAAGCACGAUGAGGAAGACUACGUGGAGAUGAAGGAACAGAUGUAUCAGGACAAACUGGCAUCUUUGAAGAGGCAGCUGCAGCAGCUGCAGGAAGGUACGUUACAGGAAUAUCAGAAGAGGAUGAAGAAGCUGGACCAGCAGUAUAGAGAGAGGAUCCGGAACGCAGAGCUCUUCCUCCAGCUGGAGACUGAACAGGUGGAAAGGAACUAUAUUAAAGAGAAGAAGGCAGCGGUGAAGGAGUUUGAAGACAAGAAAGUCGAGCUGAAGGAGAACUUGAUUGCUGAGCUCGAGGAAAAGAAAAAGAUGAUUGAGAAUGAAAAGCUUACGAUGGAGCUGACUGGAGAUUCUAUGGAAGUGAAACCCAUCAUGACCAGAAAACUACGGAGGCGACCAAAUGAUCCUGUUCCCAUUCCAGACAAGAGGAGAAAACCGGCUCCUGCUCAGCUAAACUAUUUGUUAACAGAUGAGCAGAUCAUGGAGGAUCUGAGAACGCUAAACAAGCUUAAGUCACCCAAGAGACCAGCUUCCCCGUCCUCUCCCGAACACUUGCCUGCCACACCUGCAGAGUCUCCAGUGCAGAGAUUUGAGGCUCGGAUAGAAGACGGCAAACUGUACUAUGAUAAGAGAUGGUACCACAAGAGCCAGGCCAUCUACCUAGAGUCCAAGGACAACCAGAAACUGAGCUGUGUGAUCAGCUCAGUGGGAGCCAAUGAGAUCUGGGUGAGGAAGACGAGUGACAGCACCAAGAUGAGGAUCUACCUGGGCCAGCUGCAGCGUGGGCUCUUCGUGAUCCGCCGGCGAAAAUUCUUAACUUACCGGGACUAGCUACUUGGCCUGGGACAUGGAGAGCACUGUGGAGUCUUCAAGGCACUCACAUGGCCGGCCACUUCCAUCUCUGUACCGUUCUUUCCUGCCUCGGCUUCUUCCAGAAAUCAGUCACCAGAGACUCUUGCUUUCAGGAGUAUUGGCGGUUUCAUCCACUUUCCUUUUAUUCCUAUUUUUCUUUUUCUUUUCUUUUUUAUUUUAUUUUUUUGUUUUGUUUAUACUUGAUCUUUUUUUAAAACCUCCUUUGAGUUUGAAGGGAAGCUCGUUUUAAUACUUAUCUUUAGAUCUUUCUCCCAUGAAGAGCAGCGAGUGUGUUUUCCUGUCUGAUUCUGAUUGGUGGAUUGUGUGCCUGCUUCCCUUGUUGGGCCUAGAAGCAUGGGACAGGAGAGUCCUCCUCCUGGCUCUGCCUUCUCAGAGAAAUAAAUGAUGUGUAACAUCU